AUGUCUCUAAAGCUCUUCAUAUUAGUGCUGACUGUAGCACUUUUUGUAACGAUGCCCAUAAAACCGGUACACAGCUCGGCUGUUCUAAUAUCCGAUAUAACAAUGACGGUGAUGGUGGAACUAUCCUCACGCUAUCCAUUCUGUAAAAUGCAUACAGAUCGAGGUGAUAUACAGCGCAUGUUAUUACAAUCCGAUCCCAGACGCAUACGACAAGUACCACGAGAAUCUGUAAUGGAACUGGAGGAAGUAUGUUUAAAUUCAGGCUCCCAUGGCACUGAGUUUCGAGGAGGUUUGGGUUUUAUAUAUCCGGGAACUAAAUGGUGUGGACCGGGCACCGCUGCUACCGAUUACAAUGACUUGGGCUACCAUGCUGAUGAGGAUAGGUGCUGUCGUGAACAUGACAACUGUCCGAAUGUCUUGAAUGUGGGAGAAUGUAGACGCGGUCUAUGCAAUACCGGCACUUUUACACGAUCUCACUGUGAUUGUGAUGCUCGUUUAAGACGUUGUUUGCAGUCGCUAAAUACGGAAACUGCUAAUACCUUGGGCGCCAUAUUUUACAAUGUUGUACAGGUGACUUGCUUCCAAGAACGCAGUCCCUGUUCGGCCCAUCAAAGGUAUGAGAAUUUCUUUUAUAGAGCCAAUCAAUGUGACAUUGAAUACCGUUCAGCCGAUUUAUAUAUACCACCCAAUGCCGGCAAUCUCAUACAGAAGAUAUUAUCUCAACCCUACGGUUUUAGCAAUCAAUAUUCUCCUCCGAAUAACUAUAUAACAGGUCGUUCCCUAGCCGAUGACAAUCCGUUUUCCAAUGUUAAACGUCGUGUGGGUGUAACUUUGGCUUCGGUGGGUUUGGCCGCUAAAAAUUUAUUUCGUGAAAUUGUUCAAAGCCCUAGGGGGGUAUGGAAUACGUUAAAUUCUCCUGUCAGCAGAGAUCUGCCGGCAAAUUCUAAUUAUUAUAGAAGAAAUUCUCAGCGACCACCACCACCGCAAAGUUAUCAGUAUCCCAGACCUUCAUCUAGUUAUCGAUAUAGAUCGGCUGUAACGCCUAAUAAUUUUUGGCACUAUUGAAUCCAUUUUUUCUUAAAACAAGACUGAAUUAUAAUUUUAAACCUAUCUGUCCAUUUAGUUUAAGUAUCGUAUCUUAGUUAUUGUAGUUUUUAAAUUGAGUUGAAUUGUCAGAUUUUUACUAUUAGAAAAAUGUUAAGAUA